AUGGGCAGCGGUUGCAGCACGCCCACCAAGCCCGUGCUCGAAUGGCGGCCCACCGACGUCAGCGACUUUGCGGCGCAGGCCAUCGCCGACGAAGCGACACGCCAUCUCGUGGUGCAGUGGAUCGCUGCCAAUGACGUGAGCGGGAGCCAGCUUAUCGAUAUGGAGCCGAGCAUGGUCGUCACCGCGCUGCAGCUGCAUGGACCCACUACGGAAAUGGUGACACAGCUGAUCUUGGAUAUAAAGCAGCGCGCGGCGCAAGAGGCCAUGGCGCCCGAGAUCCGCACGACGCUCAAGGACUUGCCCGCCGCGUUGGAAAAGGCCGUCUAUGUCUACGAAAAGUACCCACUCGUUGUGGAUCACACAGGUGGCCAAGCAGCCCAGUUCUUCAAGUACCAGCGCGGCUGCUUCCUCCUCGCAGGCAAUCCCUUGGACAUGACGGAGGCGUCGCUGCGACGUCACCUUGUCGCGGCGCUUCGCCUUGGCUCGCUCAUGACCAUCUGCUUUGAUAAGCUCACCGGUGUCGAGCUCGACACGUACUUUCUCGACGGCGCCUUUCCGCACCACGUCCUCGAUCGCGCCGAGUUUUUCAAACCCGAAGUGUGGUCGACCCUGCUCCGCAAGGACGAAGGGGAUCCGGAACCCAACCUCUUUCUUCCGUGCGAUGCGUUCAAGUUUGCAUUGCUCUACGGUGCCGUCGCGCCACCGCCCCGGACGCGCCAGCGCAUGUGUCUCGUGUCCGUGCUGCCGCCGGACGCGCUCGCCGCCGCUGACGACGGCGACGACCCGGUCGCAUCGGCGCUUGGCCUCAAAGAGGUGCGGCGCAACAGCGUCGACGUUGUCGAGGCUGGUUUCGAUGGCGACAUUGCCGCCCUCGACAGCUGGCUCGAGAAGGGAUACCACCUUGAAAGCGAAGACGGACACAAACACACGGCGCUCUCGGAAGCCGCGUGCCAAGGCCACGACGAGAUGAUUGCGCACCUCUUGGCGCUCGGUGCCAACCCGAAUGCGCGCAACGACGCGGGGCGGUCGCCGCUCUUCCGUGCCGCGUACAAUGGCCACCUGAACGCCGUCUUGGCACUGCUGCACGCCGGCGGCGACCCGCGGUGCACGACGCAACAAGGCGAGCGAGCGUUUGACGUGGCGAAAACCAAGGACAUCGCUGCCGUCCUCAGCGAGUGGAACGUCGAAACGACCGAGACACUGCUUCGUGAGCGCUACGAAAAGAAGCUCCAGGAGCGCCUCACGAGCCAUGUCGAGCGCGAGCAGGUGGCCAUGAUGCGCAUCCACCAAGAUCUGAUUGCAACGGCAUCAUCGACUGCGAGUGCGGCAGCCGAAGCCCUCAAAGAAAAGCUUGCCGCACUCGCAAGCGAAGCCGUCGACACCGAGACGCGGCCCCGGGGGACAGCGGACGUUCGGGACGAGCGGGGCGCGACCCUCUUGGCUCUGGCUGCUCAGUAUGACAAUGCAGAGAGUGCUCACAUGCUUCUUUCCUUUUGGAAGUCGUUUCAGGACGACAAUCAUCCGAUGCUCCGCGCCCACAAACGUGCGACCGCCGUCCAAGACGUGUACACAAAGGUCUUCAAGCCCAACGUCAAUGCCCGCGACGCCAAAGGCUGGACGCCCAUUGCAAUUGCGAUCUUCCACCAAUCCAAACGCGUCGCGCGGCUGCUUUUGCACCACGGCGCCAACCCGCGCUUGAAGAACCAGUACAAUAAGGAUGCAUUCGACCUUGCGCAGGACGAAAUAGACGCAGCGCUCAACGUCGUAACGAGCAAGGCCGAGAUUCGCAGCGUACUCGUGGACUGGGAGUCGGCGCAGCUGCAAUCCACAUUGGAGAACCAGCGCUGCAAAGGCGCAGCUCCGAUCGACCCGCUGCCGGCCGACGGCGGCGCGACGCUCCUCGCGAUCGAACAAACCACCGCACGCGCAUGA